GAGAGCGACGCUGAGAAAAGCGACCAGGACCUGGUUGUCGACGUGGCGAACGAGGAGGCGUCGUCGCCGCACGCGAACGGGGAGCACUCGGACCCACGUGAAAACGGCACCCUGGAGAAGCUGGGCGCACCGGGCCACGUUGGCGGACCGGUAUCCGGCGCGGGCUCGGCAUCCGUUAAGGACAGGCCGCCGUCGCGCAGCGGCAGCUCCUCCGCCCGUAGUACACCGUCUCUGAAAAGUAAAGAUGUCGACAAGCCGGGUACACCUGUGGCGGCGGCGAGGGGCUCGCGCAGUUGUACGCCAACUAUGGGCGGCAUCCCUGGGUCCUUGGCGCGGGUCUAUCAUCCGCCAUCGUCGCAGCAAACGCCACCGCAGGGUUAUCAGGGCUUGCCAUCCCGCGGCAAUGAGCCGCCGCAGUCGCCCUCGCCAUACAGCAACUUGCCAUACGCGCGGCCCUCCAUGAUCGGUUUCGACGGUCACAUGAGGAUACCCGCGAGUAACGGACUGAACAACAUCGCAGGUGGCAAACCGGCGUACUCCUACCAUAUGAACGGCGAGGGCCAGCUGCAGCCCGUACCAUUCCCCACGGACGCUCUGGUAGGACCGGGUAUCCCGCGUCACGCACGUCAGAUUAACACCCUGACGCACGGCGAGGUGGUCUGCGCCGUUACGAUCUCGAAUCCGACCAAGUACGUCUACACCGGCGGCAAGGGUUGCGUCAAGGUCUGGGACAUCGGCCAAAGUGUCGGCAGCGCCAGCGUGAAACCAGUUUCGCAGCUGGACUGUUUGCAACGUGACAAUUACAUUAGGUCCGUGAAGCUUCUGCCUGACGGGAGGACCCUGAUAGUCGGCGGGGAGGCCAGUCAACUGAGCAUCUGGGACCUAGCGAGUCCCACGCCCAGAAUUAAAGCGGAGUUGACCUCGUCGGCGCCCGCGUGCUACGCCCUGGCGAUUUCGCCGGACUCGAAGGUCUGCUUCAGUUGCUGCAGCGACGGCAAUAUCGCCGUGUGGGACCUGCAGAAUCAGACGUUGGUCAGGCAGUUCCAGGGUCACACGGACGGCGCGUCCUGCAUCGACAUCUCCGCCGACGGGUCGAAACUCUGGACCGGCGGCCUCGACAACACCGUGCGCUCCUGGGACCUCCGCGAGGGCCGGCAGCUGCAGCAGCACGAUUUCACCUCGCAGAUAUUCUCCCUCGGUUACUGCCCCACCGGCGAGUGGCUGGCCGUCGGGAUGGAGAACUCGAACGUCGAGGUGCUCCACGCCACCAAGUCCGACAAGUACCAGCUGCAUCUGCACGACUCCUGCGUGCUCUCGCUGCGUUUCGCCUCCUGCGGCAAGUGGUUCGUCUCGACCGGCAAGGACAAUCUGCUGAACGCGUGGCGUACGCCGUACGGUGCUUCAAUAUUUCAGUCCAAGGAGUCGUCGUCGGUGCUGAGCUGCGACAUUUCCGCGGACGACAAGUACAUUGUGACCGGAUCCGGCGACAAGAAGGCCACUGUAUACGAAGUGAUUUACUAAGCCUAUUCCUAAUAAAAGAAAGAGACUUGCCUUUCCUCCUUUAACAAUGUUAAAAUAAUGAACUUCGUUAAUGUGUAUUCUACAUCCUCUCGCGAGAGAGGAAGGCGCGAGGAGCUGCCGCGAAGUGGGGAAAACUCUCGGCGGCCUUAGAGCCCGUGUGACUGAUAAAUGUGUACAUAUACGCGAAUCUGUAUUGUAACGGAAUUACAAAUAGAGGAGUGAAAAAUCGAUAUGUGUGCGCGCGUGUUCAUGAAUGAGCGGGAUCAGCGAUGUAUAUUAAUCACGCACGUGCGCGUCCCGAUUUCGCGAGUGCGCGUCCCGAUUCUCCGCCAAUUACGCGGUAUAUACCUGCGCGCGGACUUCUUGUUUGUCGCCGGUAUACAACGAGCGUAUACGCGUUGACGAUGGAACGGCGUUCCAUCCAACCGGAGCGAUUCGCAUACGCACUAAAGUAAACGAGAAGAGCCUUCGCAAACGGUGAUGUUAGAUAUACAGGGUGAUUCUUGAUUGCACGCCGGUACCUCCAGGAAACAAGUUUAGAAUUCAGAACAGGGAAUUUAUUUAUCUUCUAAAUUGUAAUAAAUUUUUUUAAAUAUAAUUUUUAACGCUAAAAAGAUAUUUAUGUAAUACACGCUAAAUUCUUAUGACGACUCGAUGUUUAUUAUCUACAUAUUACGAUUUUGUGCAUAUUAAAUGUUUGGACACAGCUAUGUCUAGACAUUUUCAUUAUUUUAGUCCUUAAAUAAGUUAUAACGCGAAUUAAAAUCAAAGAAUCAAAGAUAAAAAUAUUUUUCUUGUAUUAUAUUUUUAUCUUUGAUUUGAAUUAGUGUUAUACUUAUUUAAAACUUAAAGUGAUAAAGGUGUCCCCAGACAUAGGUCUUAAGUGUCCCGGCGUUGGUACAUUUACCUUACGGUUUUGAAAAAUACCGUAGCACGUGAAGCGGAAGGCGGACACUUUUCGAGCACUUUCACUAAUGCGUACAUCUUUUUUAUUAUUUUGGACCUUAGAUCUCUAAUGUAUCAACGAACAAUUAAGAUUCACCUUAUAUAUGAUCUUGUAGUUACGUAAAUGUAGGAUUAUAACGCGCCUAAAAUGGACGGCCGAUAAAGUGGUAAGGCAUCAACUUGGUAGAUCCGGCCUACUCACCGAAAAAUCGCAUUACGCUUUUUAGUAAACAAAUAUGUGAUCGUCGAGACAUCAUUUCGAAUUUCUGUAACCGCUGUAUCUUCAAACGAAUUGUAUAUUUCCUUCCUAUUACCCUGCUGAACGUAUAAAGAUACGGAGAAGUCUAAGAGAUGUUUAAGUAGCAUUAAAAAAAUGCAAGGCGUCUUCUGUGCGUUUUUUUAAAGGCUUGAUUGGCACCAACUUUCAUUAUUGAAGUAUACGUUAUUGACCUAAAGCUAUGAAUGAUCGCGCAGAUCGUUAGAUUCGUGACUCUGUUCCGGUAAUCUUUACUUUCGACGAAGAAAAAUUACGCUAUAUCCAGCAGUAAUUUGUCGUGCAACGCUGAGCGAGACACGGAUGGCACAUCGGACUUCGAGCCGUCUCCUGAUCCUGUCGGUGUCAGUAUCAAUGUCACGAUCGCCCGUCGCUGUUUGAAAUAGCUCGUGGCAUAAAAAACUAGUUUAUGAACGAAUACCUUUUUUGCAUCGUAAAUAUAGUGCGAUACCUACGUGUAAUAAUCGAAUUUCUACGUGAUAUAGCGCGUAUGCGUGGCGACGAAUGGCAAAUAAUGACGAAUCCCUGUACAGAAUCCUUGUACAUAUUCGACGAUUGUGAUUAACGAUUAUAACGAGACGCACGGUGUACGUCGCUGUACGGCGUACACCCGGACUCUUUAAAUAUACCUAAUGUAAAGUACAAUCCCCCGUGCACACAAUCGAAACAAAACUAUUUCUCUACUUUAAUUAGGGUGACACUCGACACGCGGAGAUCAAUAGAAACGGAGCAGCUUCGUCGCGACGUUUAAUAUUAGUUAAAUAUCGACUAAUUAUCCUUUAAUAAAUCGACGUUGCGCAGAACUGAAAUCACGAUGUCUUUAUGUUAAAGAAAAAAAAACUGAUUAAUCUAUGAUAAUUGAGACGUUUAGUCCGAUUGUAAAAUAUAAUAAAAAGCAAUUUCGUAAAAUUUCUGCUUUCGAUUGAUCUUCGCCCAAAAAUUAGCCGAAUGAAAUUCUCGACAGGCAGACGAGCGCGAAUUGCAAUGCACAUUACCGAGAUGAAUAAAUUCGUGAAAUUACACGGCCCUUUUUUGUGUUCUUGACGUACAUUAAGACCGAAUGAAACUUUGAGAAGAAAGAAGAUGGUUAUAUGAUGUACUUUAUUUGAGCUUGGUCGAGAAUGAAAAUGAUUCUCGCGGUUCUCGUCUCGCUGGCGAAUACAAUGACGAAUUGAAAGGUUUUGAUUAAUGCAUCACAUGUAGAGAAAAGAUAUGUCAUGUAACUAACGAUGACGUAUCCGCAAAUUUCUUGAGGAAAUAAAUAAGGAUCUAUUCCAUUUUUCCCCGUCGCAUUUUUAGCAAUAAUAAUAUGUGACAAAUUUUAAUACUAUGAUUUUCUUUAUUGUCUCGCAUCGAGUUGGAUUUUCCCCAAUUUUUAUCUCUCUCUUUCUCUCUCAGUGUGUGACAAAAGAAAAUAAAAUCGUUUUCGCAAUGAAUUUUACGCGCCUUCUUGGAACGUACCGUCGGAAUUCGCAUGACGAAUCCGGUCACUCUGCACAAUAGGAUACAACGCAAGCGGCAAUUAUACCCGAGUUAGGGGUCAUCGCGAGUGAAAUAUUGUUCAUUGGCAAACAGAGAUCGCCACGUUUAUCUGUUUGAUAAAAUAAGCGUUAUAGCUCGCGAAAUAGCAAUUACAAUUAAAACGGGGCAAAGAGAGAAAGUAUAUAUUAGCACUACCGCUAUUGCAGCGAGAUAAUUUAUUAUUAAUAACGAUGCCUAUGUAUAUAUCUUAAAGGAGAUGGAGGAGAAUCGAGAGAAGGAGAAAGUGUAAGUACAAGAUAUCACAAGUUUGCUUCCGAUAAUUUUCGAUGUAUUUACAUUUUACGUGUAAUCCGUGUGUACAAGAUCGUUAAAAACAUUAAAUGUUUAUACUCGCGUUAUGAUAAUCUAUCCAUGUAUUUACAUGUUCUUCCGUGUGUACAAGAUCGUUAAAAACAUUAAUUGUUUACAGGCUUGCUUUCCUUUCUUUUUAUUUUCUCGCAGACUACCGCAUGCCCCAUAUUCCGCGCUCUCUCUCUCUCUCUUUCUCUCGGAUUAAUUUUCUUUUUUUAAAUAUUCUUUGUCGUAUCGCCGUUGCUUAUAUAUACAAGUAGAAAAAUUCUAGUAACGUCAUUAUCGUUACGCGCCAGGGAUUAUGUGCAUCCAUCCUUCAUACAAAUCGUUCGUAUGAAUUUAGAUACGCUUCGAGUUUUUCUCUUUUUUUUUAUCCGAUCAGCGAUACAAUCUCAUACUUUCGAGAUAAAAUCAAGAUCGAGAGUGUGGAGGCAUAAAGGGUGCUGAAAACUAUAUAUA